GUCGCCAGUCCCCCGGCCCCGGAGGAGCGCCUACCGCGAGGCGGCGGAGGCCUGGUCGACGCCGCAGGGAGCCCAGCAGGUGCGGCGCGGGAGGCGGUCUGAGGUUGCGCCGCGGCCGCCGGCGACCCCGACCCGAGGCUCCGACCCCGAGCCUCGCCUGCCGCUCGCCGUCGGGGCGGCCCCGGCCCCUUCUCGGCCGCGGAGCGGAGGCGCACCCGCUGAGCGCGCACCCGCUGAGCGCCAGUCCGGCCGGCCAUGGCCGCGCGCCCCGGGCCGCUGUGGCUCGUGGGUCUGGCGCUGUGCGCGCUGAGCGGUGGUGGCCCCGGCCCGCGCCCCCCCGCCGGCUGCCCGGCCCGCCGCCUGGGCCCGCGCGAGCGCCGCGACAUGCAGCGCGAGAUCCUGGCGGUGCUGGGGCUGCCCGGGCGGCCCCGGUCCCGCGCGCCACCCGCCGCCGCCCGGCUGCCCGCGUCGGCGCCGCUCUUCAUGCUGGACCUGUACCACGCCAUGGCCGACGACGACGACGAGGACGGCGGCCCCCCGGAGUGGCCCCCGGGCCGCGCCGACCUGGUCAUGAGCUUCGUCAACAUGGUGGAGCGUGACCGCACCCUGGGCUACCAGGAGCCCCACUGGAAGGAGUUCCGCUUCGACCUGACCCAGAUCCCAGAGGGCGAGGCGGUCACCGCCGCCGAGUUCCGGAUUUACAAGCUGGCCAGCGCCCACCUGCUCAACAGGACCCUGCACGUCAGCGUGUUCCAGGUGGUCAGGGAGCAGUCCAACAGGGAGUCUGACUUGUUGUUUUUGGAUCUUCAGACGCUCCGAGCUGGGGACGAGGGCUGGCUGGUGCUGGACGUGACAGCAGCCAGUGACCGCUGGUUGUUGAGCCGGAACAAGGACCUGGCGCUCCGCCUCUAUGUGGAAACGGAUGGCGGGCACAGCGUGGAUCCUGGCCUGGCCGGUCUGCUGGGGCAACGGGCACCGCGCUCCAAGCAGCCUUUCCUGGUCACUUUUUUCAGGGCGAACCCCAGUCCCAUCCGAGCCCCUCGGGCAGCCAGGCCCCUGAAGAGGAGGCUGCUGAAGAAAACCAAUGAGCUGCCGCAGGCAAACAGACUCCCAGGGAUUUUUGACGAUGUUCACAGCGCCCACGGUCGGCAGGUUUGUCGGCGGCAUGAGCUCUACGUCAGCUUCCAGGACCUUGGCUGGCUGGACUGGGUCAUUGCCCCCCAAGGCUACUCGGCCUAUUACUGUGAGGGGGAGUGCUUGUUCCCGCUGGAUUCGUGCAUGAACGCAACCAACCACGCCAUCCUGCAGUCCCUGGUGCACCUGAUGAAGCCAGAUGCAGUCCCCAAGGCGUGCUGCGCCCCCACCAAGCUGAGCGCCACCUCCGUGCUCUACUACGACAGCAGCAACAAUGUCAUCCUGCGCAAGCACCGCAACAUGGUGGUCCGGGCCUGCGGCUGCCACUGAGGCCAGUGCCUGCCACGGGGGGCCCCCACCCAGGACAGGCCCCUCUCCAGAGCCAGGAAACCCUCUAGGACUAUCACUGCUCAGGUGGGGUGGCAGGGAGGGCCCGCCGCACUCCUGCCACAGCCUGCCAGGGUCUCCCCAGACCCCUCUGCCCCUUCCCCUGGGCUUUAUGGCAGAUGGGCCGGCGCGGCUCUGACAGGCCUGAUGCACUCAGCAGCCCCAGACACACAGACCACACUGGGUUCCAGUUGGAAGUCCUGCCUUAGGACACAUGCUGGGCCACCCCAGCCCAGACUGGCUGGCCCAGGCCCAUCUGAGGGGCAUCUGGAGUGUGAGGCUGGCUGGCUGGGCUCUGAGCAGGGUGGGGGUGUCUUCCCCUUUCCAGGCAGCACACUGGGCAUUUCCAGAGCACGCACUCGCCUUCAGGACCGUGUAUUACUGGGCUCCGAACUUGGCCCACUAGCAGUUAGCACAUUAGAAACAGAACAAGCCGGAUGGGCCUCGUACUAAGACAGAAGCCAAGAGGGAUGAUUUAUGGCGUGUCUUCCCCUUCUGGGGGGAAGAGGUGACCACCGCCCGCAGACGUGGAUAACCUUGGGGGCGUCCAGGUCCCUCCACUUUUUCCAUGUGAGGCUCUGCACUAAGACAAAGUUAGCUCUCAAGAAGUGACGACAGUGGCCGCAGUGGGAGGUCCAGGCUGGGAGACCGUGGCGCUUAGGCCCCUGCUCCCCAGCUCCUCACCCACGGCCAACGUCAGUAAGCAGCCCGGGUGGAUUUUCCAGUGACCUGGACUGGCCUCAGAACCCUCGGCACAGAACUCCGGACACCCAGCAGCUUGAGCUCGGGUCCCCCUUCUGCCACACUAAGGAGCAACCAUUUCACCCACAGAUGGUACCUGGGCCACCGCAGGCCGGGCCCGGGGCCAGGGUGGGAACUGUCUGGUAGAAUCCAGGGCUUAAGAACAGGCUGUUCACCAGUCUGCACCACCCGUGCACCCAGGAGUGCCUUCUUAUUUCUCGAGACCUGUGAGCCAAAGAAAAGGCCCCUGUCCCAGGGGAGUGACAGGUGGUAAUGCGGCUGGCCCCGGGUGGGGAGGUUCCCGGAAACCACUGUUCUCCUCAGAGCAGCCGCCACAGGCAGCUGGGCUGUUUAUUUGAUUUCUGACUUGCUAAGCCUGUAAUUUACCUGCUGGCGCAGAGAGAGCCCAGCUGCCCGAACCCUAAAAUACCGUGUCAUCAAAAGCAGCUCGUGGGCCCGCCCCACCCCACAGACAGAGCCCAGCCGAGGUGGAGGCCCCCAUGUGCCCAAGGAUGAGUCCCUCAGGAGUUGCUCCGCACCCCAAGGAGGGGCCUGGGCCAGCAGGUGUGGACGCUGGGGCCUGCUGCAGGACAGUGGCCCCUCCACAGGGACGGGGAGGGGAGUCUGGAGCGAGCGCAGAGGGAGACCCUCCCUCUGUACACCGAGGGUGCACCCAGACUAUCUGCGAGGUGGACAGUUCCCUAGUAGCAGGGGGCUUUGACCUCAGGCUGGCAGGGAUUGGAGCACAAAGUGGCUGGAGUGUCAGGAGACCCAUAUUCUGGUUCCAACUCAGCCACUGACCUGUUUGCUAUCCGGACAAGGCCCCUUCCAGAUUCAAGCUUCAGUUUCUCUUCUGUGACAUGGGGACACAGGACUCCUUCCUCAGCCUGAAACCCUGACCUUCCCUUCUCUUCCACGGCCCAGACAUAGCUUGAGUCUAGCUGCCACAGGACGUGAAACCUGCCAUCUGGGGACCUUAGUUAAUGGCUCUCUCCUCCCAACAUCAAGGGGAGUAGAGAUUUGGAGACUUUGGACAAAUGUCAGUAUUUGGUCUCUUCAGCGCCUAGCACAUAACCUGGCAUGCUCUGGAAAGCUUAUAAAAUGAAUGCUUUAAAGGUGCAGACUGCCUUGGCCACUGGGUAUGCCGAGCAGGCACAUCAGUACCAUGAUCUGAGUCCCUUUCUGUACAAUCAAGCCAAAAGUAGACUGGUCAUGGCCUUUCUGACAGACUUCUAGAACCUCCAGCCAUCCAGGCAGCCACCAAAUGGAAACCAAACAAAAAAGGCGUCAGAGAACAAUGGACGCAAAGUCAGUAAAGGGACAGCCAUCUUGUUUACAUGGUUGCCCCGGCAGCCCAGGCUUCCUUCAAGGCUGCACAUUAGAAGCCUAAGGCUGGUUAGCUCAGACCCACUGACAGCAAAGGAAUGCUUCCAGGAAGAAAGGCCAGAGGAAUAGCCAAGUUUGGAGCCCUUAGUGUGUGUGUUGGGGGGAACGCUGCUCUGUGUACCUCCCCCCGCCCCAGUGCAUCUCCAGCAUCACAGCACGGCCCUGGCCAGAUGCCAGCCCAUCAGGCAAAGCCCUGUUCUUGGGUCUCUCUGAAGGGACAUGGGUAACAUGCUUCAAGAAAUGCCCAGAACUGCACAGGAAAGGGGGCUGUGAAUAAGGCAGGGUGGGUUUUGGAGCCAGGAGACCUGGCAUGGAAUCCUGGCUCUGCCUCUUGUUAAACUGACCAAAUUCUGUAAUGUCUGAGGUAGAGGAUUUUUCCCUCUGAAUGGGGUAUCGGUUCUGCCCUUGCAAGGCCAUCAGGGGCAGAUCAGGUGGGAUCUGGUACGUCCACGAAAGCACUCGGCACGGCGUCUGCAUGGUGCCCAGUGACCAGCAUCUGCCAGAGGUCUUAGUUUGAAUGAAUGUGUGUAUCUGGGCCUCCCCUACUGGCCUUGCUGUUAACACCUGCUCCUCCCAGAAUAUGUCCAGGAGAUGCUGUGUUCACUUUAAAGCUGCACUUUUCCUAAAAAAUCUAAAUGUGGUCCUAUCUCAGGAAGAGGUAGGGACUCGCACAGUCCCCUGCCUGCGGAAGUCCCAGCCUGCAGGGACAAACAGGGACUCACAGUGAGCCAUGCGGCUCGGCACCUCUGCUGAGGACACGGCUGUUGUGUCCCCACCCCCUCCUGACAUCCAGCAACCACCUGCGACCUCCAGGAAGCUGAAGCGGGGGUGUUCUGGAAUUUCUCUUCUUACUGGGAAGCCUUGAGCAAGCACUUGGUUCUUUAAAAAAAUUUUUUUUUCCUCGCUGAAGAAAAUAUUAUGUGUGCACCAGGGAAAUUUUUGAAAAUAAAAAGCAGAAUACAAAUACACAUAAUCCCAGCACACAGAGCUAAGCAUUGUUAAAAUCCCUUCCAGUCUUUUUCCUCGACACACACAUGUCUGUCUUUAUAUAGAAUAUAUGGAUAUUUUGCAAAGUUAGGAUCAUAUUCUAUGCACUACUUGAUCUGAUUUACUCAAUCUAUGAUAUAUUUAGAAAAUUUGUUAUUAAAUCUUCU